UGUUUUCCUCACACACUGAGUCUUGUCCCUCUCCCUGGAGAGUUCAGGAGAUCUUCUCAUUUGGUCAAAUACUGGCUCCACGACAGGUUAUUUGCAGUUGCUUCAGUGCCCAUUGUUCAUAUCUUUUUUGUUACAUGUUCAAAAUACAGCCAUAUAAUAGGAUUGUCUGUCAGGGCAAAGGAAAGACUGAUGAUGAAUGAGGAUCAGGUGAAUGACAUAAUCAAGAGAUGGAGAAAAACUCCAGAGGAAGACCUGAAAGAAGAGGACUACCACCAGUUUAAGAAUAUAGGAUGUGCCUGCCUCACUCAGGGCAACAGUGCACAACUGCUAAAAUUCCUUAAGGAUGAGAGAAACCAGGGGAUUGUGAAAUCUAUGGGAUGUGUUCUCUUGUCACCAUUGGUAUGUGAAAUAAUUAAAAACAAAAAUUGUGAUCACUGCCAGACCGCUGUCACACAUCUGACCAGGAUCUGCAAUCCAAAGGAGCUUCUGCACAGUUUACUUGAACUGGUUGAUGACACUGAUCCAGGUGCCAUUUCUGAAACCAUACUAACUCUUACUCCACAUCUGCAAACAGUUGUGCUGCGGCUGGACGAGGGGAAGGCAGCCUCUGUGGGCUUGGUUCUGUCUGCCCUUCAAAGGCAGCUGUCCCGUCUGCCUGUGCCUUACACCAGGCAGCAGGAGGAGGCUGAUGAGUACGGUCUGUGCCGCUGCUGUGCUGCUUUGGCUGCGUUUACAAAUCCCUUCACAGAGAGUCUGAAGAGGGAAAAUGGAAACUGUGUCAACACCGCUGAAGAUGAAGAGCUAAGAGCAGAGCUUCUGAAGUUCUGUAUGAGGAGCUUAAGAGAGCCUUUGCUCGACGCCGAACUGAGAGGAGACAGAAAAUCACCACUCUGGCUUUUUGCAACUGAGAUAAUGGUCACACUACCUACAAUUCAAGAGCCUUUUUCGGAACUCCUGUUUUUUAACUCUCUGAAGAAAAGUCCCUUGAUGGACAUUAGUCAGUCCAAGGAGUCGAGAGCAUGCCUGGCUUAUCUGCUCUUUGUUCAGCUCAUCAACAUAGAGAGCUUUCCUGCAGUUUUCAGCCCUGUGUUUGUUCUUCAGUGCAACAUGGAAUAUAUUAAUGAAAUGCUCAGUAGCAAAAAAGAGUCCCACUUGCGCAAAGGACUGGCACUUUAUGAAAAAAGCUUGGAGGGUGUUCAGGACAACAGCCUUCCAGUGAGUCUACUGGAACUGAGGAGCUUCUACAGUGUUCCACAGAACCUACGACACAUUCUCAGUGACUGUCCAAUGAAACAUCUGAGAGAAAAAGGACUACAGGUUUUCCAGCUCUUCAUCAAUAAAUUAGAUGCUGAAGCAAAGCACAAGUUCUUCAGAUGUAUGUUAAAAACCAGUAACCAUCCAGGGAUAGAAGGUUACAUAGUAAAGAACAUCAGGAAUGAAGUGGAAUCAUCCAUGAAGCCGGACAAUGGCAAUAAAUGGUUCCUGGGUGCAGAGUUUGUCUCACUGUUGGGGCUGGCAUUGUGUUUGCCACAAGGUCCAGAGACAGACCUGGUUCACAAUAUGGACAAGAUCAUGGAGUCUCUGAAUCUUCUACGCUAUCUUCUUCUUAAAGAGAAGGAACUCAGGAGCAUUGCUGAUGUGUGGGAAGAGCUCUGCAGGAUCAAAGAUGAAUACCUGAAAAUGCUGCGGGUGUGUAUCAGCAUAUCAAGAGGAUAUUACUCAGCUGAACUGAAGGCACUAAGAGAGGAUCAAAAGAUAAAAGCUAAAGAGGCCAGAGCUGCUGCUAGAGCCGCGAGGUUGGUCCAGAAAAUAACAGUGAAACAUGAGAACGCAUCUGACAUGUCUCCAGAGGCCCAGCAGCAGGUGUUGCAGAGUGCUUUGGUGACAUUUGACCUGAUGGAGAGUCUUAUUGUUCGCAUUGAAGAGAUCACAGAGGAAAACCUGAAGAUCCUAAACUAGGCCACUGACACUACUAGAAAUUUUAUUUAGAAAAGUUUGUUAAUUGUUUCUUAACACUGCUUUAAUUCAUUUGAUGUACUUGACCAAUAAAAAAACAUAACAUGU